GCAACGCUGCGACUGCGCAAGUCACAAUCGGAUGUGUGAUCAUCGGUGCUUUGUCUACGCGUCCGUCGAGCUAACAGCCCACUGCUUCAUUUCUAGGAAAUAGUAAAGAUGUCUGGCUCAUCAAACCUCGUUGCGAUGAAGAAAAUUGUCCAGCAGCUGCGUUUUGAAGCGAGCAUAAACAGAGUGAAGGUGUCCCAAGCAGCUGCAGACCUUCAGCAGUUCUGCAUGCAAAAUGCCCUCCAGGAUCCCUUGCUCACUGGGGUGUCCUCCAGUACAAACCCCUUUAGACCACAGAAGGUGUGCUCCUUCUUGUGAGGAAGACACACAGGACAGACCACAGCAUUCUUUGGCCUUCGUUUUGAUGCUACAGGGAAAAAGUUGACCUCAACACUGCUCCUCAUUGCCAAUGGCAAACCACUGCCACAUUAUCUUAUGAAGUGUAGAACAUGUCAGGAAGACUUGCCAUCUAUUCUCAGCCAACCGAGGAUACGAUGAGAAGGGUUUAUUUUUCAUGGCACUGUGUGGUUUUCAAGUAAAUGAUUGUGCCUUUUCUAUUCUAUUUUAUUCAUUGUUCUUGACUUUUUGUAUUUAGAAAUUAACAUUCUUUCUCUACAUGACUGUGUUUUUGCUAAUUGUUCUUGGGUAAGACUGACAGUGUUACAUCUCAAAUCUUUACUUAAGCUGCAAGUAGUUUCUAACAGCAAAAUGUGAACAGGGCAACUUUACAAUACAAAAGGCAGCAGCAUGUCACUUAUGCGUGAUAAAAGCAUCCACAUCAAACACGAAAGUAAAAUGCCAUAUUUAAGAAUAAGGAAAUCAAAGAACACAUUCAGCAACUUAUAUCCCUGUGCUUAAAUGUAAAAUUGACAUGCAUAAUGUUCAUAGAUGUAUCUUUUAAGUGAAAUAGUGGCUUAUUAGAAAAAGAAAUGGCUGUAAUGGAGGAUCAGUAAGUAUGGUUCAAACUAAUUACCAUCCAGUCUUAGCCAGCAUCAAACUGUUCCAUAGUUUGAUAUAUAUAUAUAUAUACUGAUCAAUGGUAGGAGAGAGCGCGUCAAAAUCUAGUGCACCGUUUGCAUCCAUCUGAAAAGGAUCGUCCACUAUUAAAUAACCCAUUCAGUUGAAUCUGCUUGAUUUGCUUUGAGACUAACUCUUUGGGGAAGAAAAAAUAAACCUGUACUUUUUAAGACCUGUAAAAUGAUCUUAUGUCCAUGACCUCAAAGAAUUAAAGUCCUUGUUUGGUUUCAUAAACUGA